AUGUCCACCAUCCAGUCCGCAAUGUCGCACAUCCUGCCCUCCUCCCACACCAAGAGGAUCGCCAUCACCAACGUCGACUCAUGGCUCGGCAGCUGCAUUGCCGUCCAUCUGGCCGAGAAGCUCGAGAAGAAGAGCUCCAAGGUUCAGAUCGUCGCCCUGGCCUGCAAGGACAACACCCACGCCGACUUCGACAAGCUUAAGAAGUUCAAGAAUGUCCACAUCCACAAGGUCGACUACAACGACGAAAAGUCGCUCGAGAAGGCUAUCUCCGGUGUCAGCUGCUCCAUCCUGAUCCCUGAGAUGACCGAACACCGUGUCAAGCACGCCAAAAACUUCCUCUCUGCCAUGAAGAAGGAGAAGGUCAAGGAAUGCUUGCUUCUGUCGGUUGCUGGUGCCGAGAGCAAGGAUCACAACCUGAAGGAGAUCGUGACCUUCCACGAGAUCGAGCAGAUGGUCGAGGAGCACUGCUCCUGCUACCUGGUCCUCCGCAAGAGCAUCUUCAACCAGUGCUUCUUCCUCUGGAGUCCCACUGUCCAGGAGAAGGGAGUCGACCGACGACGACCACUCCACAAGAACAAGAAGUACACCCUCACCGGCCCCGACAAGAUCACCGCCCAGGGUCUCGUCCAAGCCAUGAACGAGGAGACUGGCCAGCGUGUCCAGUUCAAGCAGGUCUCUCGCGAGGAACUCAAGAAGUACCUCGAGUCGCUCAAGAAGCGUGAGGACUGGUCUGAGCAGCUCAACGUCGAUAGGUGUCACGAGAUCGCCUCCCCCGAGUCCUUUGUUGCCGGAGGUGACCACCACCACAUGGCCCCCAACGAGUCGAUGAUCAACCUGUUGUUGGACGAGCUCGAGCUUAUCAAGAAAGGCGAGGCCGGCUUUUUCUCAGGCGAUCUGGAGAAGAUCCUCGGUCACCAGGGUAAGUCUGUUAAGGACUUUUUGCACAAGUACAAGGAUGAGUUCCGUCGUCAGCACUAG